UCGUCACCACCAACCCCUCUCUCCCUCUCGGCCUCUCCGCUCUCCCCCACCGCACCUAGCCGCCGCCGCCGCGCGGGCAGCGGCAGCUCGGCGCCCCGGUUCAACCCCGUCGUCUAUCGUCCGCCUCCGCGCGGCGCCGCGCCGCGCCGGGUGAACUACCUCGUCGUGCAUCUGGCGGCUCUACAAGGUUAGGGUUGUGCGCCCAUGCGCGCAGCUCCGUCGUCUCCGUCCCCGUCGACCUCUGUAUCCCGCUGGGGCGUGCCCUCCGGCGAGGGUUCUCCCCUUCUGCCACAGGCGCGCCGGUACCGUCUCAUCCGGCGGAGUUGUGGCUAGGGGAAUCUAACCUGUCGGGCCGUCGAUCUACCCUGCUAGAAUCGCUCUCUUUGUGAUCUAAAUCCAAGGGUAAACUUGAAGCUGGGAAGUCUCUGUUGAGGUGUAAAGAAUUGCUUUGCUAAAGUAGAGCACUCAGUUUUGAGACAUCUCAGAAAUCUGGCAGCUUGUUUCUUUGCUUUGUUGCAUCUGACAAUUGAUGACCUCUGCCUUUCACAUUACUUGAAGCUCAAGGCCAUACUGAUAUGCACGCUUUGAGGAUGGAACAGACUCCAGGUGUUAGUGGCGAACACAUAAUUGAUAUUCCAAGGGAUAGUGGUCCAUCUGCUUCAACAUCUAGUGUUCCUAGAGAAAACCCUGGAGAAUCAAAUCCUGUUGAUAGACCUCCAACCAGAGCGCUAGUGCCUGCUUUGCAGGCACCAUCAGCAGUAGGUGCACCUAAUGCAGGACAUAGUUCAGGUGCUAGAAGAAGUGAUAACUAUGUCCGCCGGCACAGAAGCCCUUUGAAUUCUGGACUCUGGAUUUCUAUAGAAGUUCUUGUCAAUUUGAGCCAAAUUGUAGCUGCUAUUGUUGUGCUUUCUCUUUCGAGAAAGGAACACCCACAAGCUCCACUAUUCGAGUGGGUCAUAGGUUAUACAGUUGGUUGUUUUGCCACACUACCCCAUCUUUAUUGGCGCUAUAUACACCGCAAUAUUGUCAAUGGUGAAAAUGAGUCAGCACAUACGCAUCAAGGCUCAUCCCAGAACAAUUCAACUGAGGCUGCUCCAAGUGCAUCAGAGCGUCGAAGGAAUGCUGCACGAAAUGCAGUACUCGCUAAUCCAAGGAUUAAUGCACUGUUUGAUCACUUCAAGAUGGCCUUGGAUUGUUUCUUUGCUGUGUGGUUCGUCGUAGGAAACGUGUGGAUAUUUGGAGGACGUUCUUCUGCUGCGGAUGCUCCAAACUUGUACAGGUUAUGUAUUGUGUUCCUCACCUUUAGUUGUAUUGGGUAUGCCAUGCCUUUCAUCCUCUGUGCAAUGAUAUGCUGCUGUCUACCCUGCAUCAUAUCUGUUAUGGGAUUUAGAGAAGAUACAAAUAAUACAAGAGGGGCUACCUCAGAAUCCAUCAAUUCUCUUCCAACAUACAAAUUCAAAACCAAGAAACGCCGCCAUGGAAAUGAAGCUGAAGGCCAAGAUGGUGGGAUAGUGGCUGCAGGGACCGACAAGGAGCGGUCACUCUCUGCUGAAGAUGCUGUUUGCUGUAUCUGUCUUGCAAAGUAUGCACAUAAUGAUGAGCUUCGUGAACUUCCCUGCACACAUUGUUUCCACAAGGAAUGUGUUGAUAAAUGGCUGAAGAUAAAUGCGCUUUGUCCAUUGUGCAAAUCUGAGAUAGCGAGCUCAUCUGGAACAUCUGAUACUCGUCGUCCUAACCAGACAGAUAUUCCAGUGCAGGAGAUUGAAAUGCACUAGGGUGAUCUGCUUUCUGAGGUAAUAUGUCAGAAUACAGUUGCUUGUGGUGACCGUGUGCUUGUAUAAAGUUCAAGCUUUGAUAUAUGGAUUGUAAUGAUGCCGGGGUUCUUUUUCUCGCUGUUGUUUUGGAGGAGACAGUUCUUCUCGCUGUCAACACACACGAUGCAAUACAAUAUCUACUCUUUCCAUUAGAGCAGUGGCUUGUGUUCUAGAAAAAAAAAGUUGGCCAGACCAAGGUAUCCGCACAUUGUACGGCCCAAGCUUUCGUAUUCUUCUACGCUUGAAGAAGCGCCAUAAUGCAAAUAUGCAAC